UUUGACGGUGCACCAGUUGGUUUGGAUACUGAUGCUAAUGUUUCUAACGAGUCUGAGUCUGAAGGUGAUAAUAGUUUUUUCUUUGACGAUAACUCAAGCAUUUUGGAUCUAGAGCCCGAACAGGUUGCUGAUAGUUUGAACGACUUAGACGUAGACGAUGAUCAGGAUGAUGAUUUGACUGAUUGGGAUUUGAAUCUUGAAGAUGUAGACGAGGGUUUAAGUGUCAUCGAUAGGCAGCAAUUGUUCCGAAAACGUAUUGCCCAUUGGGCUGUGGACACAAACGUUUCAAGGGACAGUGUCAACAAGCUUUUGGCUGUCUUUAGAACUGAUCCUUCCCUGUCUUUUCUCCCAAAAAAUUACAAGACACUGUUAGGAACUCCACGUAAAGUGAACACCGUCGAAGUUAGCCCCGGGCGAUACUUUGAGUUUAAUGUCCUUGAUGGUAUUACUAGUUCCUUAGACUUGUUAAAUGCUUCUUUUGAAUCUCGCGACGUCGUUCUGAAAAUCAAAAUUGGGUGUGAUGGAAUGCCUGCAAGCAAAAGUACGAAUUCCCAAUUUUGGCCAAUUCUCGGCCUUAUUGUCAUGGAAGGUGCUAAGCCAUUUGAGAUCGGUUUUUAUCACGGACAUUCAAAACCAGAUCAUCCGAAUGAUUAUCUAAGACACUUUCAUACUGAGAUUACAAACUUAAUUGAAAAUGGUUUUCAUUACAAAGAGAGUAACGUCAAAAUCGAGAUAGCAGGUUUCUGUUGCGACGCGCCUGCCUUAAGUUUUAUAAAAUUGGUAAAACCUUGCGGGGCUUACUACUGCUGUAUGAAGUGCGAAACCGAAGGAGAGUAUGUUUUCAACGGAAGUGGAAGAGGUGGGAGAGUGACAUUCCCGGUAGUUGAUGCAGUGCUUCGAACGGACGAGUCCUUUCGAAAUCGUGAUCAGAUUUUUCAUCAUGUGGGGUUAUCAAUUUUGGAAAGUCUUCCAAUCGAUAUGAUAGAAUGUUUUUUUAUCGAUCCAAUGCACCUUGUGUUUUUAGGAUGCAUGAAGAAGUUACUUAAUAUUUGGGUAAACGAGAGAAAGAGGAUGCGUAUCAGAAUGUCUUCCCAGCAAAUUGCUGAAAUAUCCAGGCUGCUGGUUGCCAUUGAAGAACUAAUUCCCGUUGAAUUCAGUAGGAAAACCCGAACAUUAAAUGAACUCUCGCGUUUCAAAGCCACUGAAUUACGUUUAUUACUUCUUUAUGUUUUGCCUUUUGUGUUAAAGAAUAGGAUACCUGACGAAGUAUACCAACAUUUUAUGUUGCUUCAUGUUGCCAUUCGAAUUUUGUCGUGUGAUCAGAGUGUGCGUAGUGAAGAAAACACCGAUUACGCAAACAUUCUUUUGAUAACUUUUAUUAACCAGAGUCCUGGAAUUUAUGGCGAUUCAUUUAUCACGUAUAAUAUCCAUAAUUUGUGUCAUUUAUCUGAAGAAUGUCGACGUUUGGGUGGUCUGGAAUCGUUUAGUUGUUUUGUUUUUGAAAACCACCUUGGUACUUUAAAAAAUUUGUUGAAAAAAAGUGCCAAACCUUUAGAGCAGCUGGUAAAUAGAAUUAUGGAAAAGCGACAAAAUCCACCAGUUGUGACCAAUUUUCGCAAAAAUCCAGAUAUGAUUAAGCUGAUUGACGAGCACUCAAAAGGACCCUUGCUUCCUGAUCUUCAUGGGUUGCAAUAUAACAAAGCGUUUUUUCACAAAUUACGAUUAAGUUCCAGAAGUCCAAAUAACUGCGUUGUCCUCGCAGAUGACACUGUUAUAUUGAUUCAUAAUUUUUUACAACUAUUUGAUGGUGAAAUUCUCAUUAUUGGCCGAAAGUUUUUGGUCUACGAAAAUUUUUUGGACUUAAAUGGAUUGGAUUCAAAGGCAAUUGGCAUACAAAUUGUUGACACUUUAGCGACAAAUCUUGAGUGCUGGCCAUUGAAAUCAGUUCGCUUCAAAUCAAUUAAACUUCCAGUAAUUCACAAAGCUCCUCCCACUUCAUGUUUCGGAAUUGUGAGAUUAAUGAAUUUUGAUUUAAGCAACAUUUAGUACAGCUCUCAUCCAGGUGCAUAAUACAUGGAUAAAAUACUUCAAGCCAUCAAAUCCGGAAGCGAUCUAUAAGCUGUUCGUGUCUUAUAUUUUUAAUAACAUUUCAAACAUGUAUCAAACGUGUGUCAUAUCUAAACAAUACAUCUGCAUUGAUUAAACGGUA